AUGGAGCCCUCUCCGUUCCCUAACUUCCCUUUCUCCCCGAGCAAAAAUGUGCUCUGCAAAACUGAGAAUCACGCUAGGAGCUCAGAGGUGAAAACAGAGCAAAAGUCCUUUUCUGGCCUCAUCAUGACGUGUCGGGAGGCUAAGGGUCACAUGGAGGUCUUGCAGAUCUAUAAGCUGAUUCAGUGCAUCCACAAAAACGACAAGCUUCAGAUUGAGACGCAGCUUAAGUAUGGACCAGACAACCUCAUCAACCUGACCGAACCCAAGGACGGCAUUGGAGUGCUGCACGUGGCCGUGGAAGCAAACAACCUGGAGCUGGUUAGUUUCCUUCUGUCCCAUGAAGCUGUCCCAAACGUCCAGAACAAGAAGGGUGUGACCCCAGUUAUGAUGGCUGCACAGCUGGGCAAUCAUGACAUCGUGGCUCUGCUGGCCGAGCACCAGGCGGACAUGACACUUCUGGAUUCUGAAGGGAAAGGUGUGCUUUUCUACUGCAUCUAUCCGACCAAGUCGCACACACGCUGUCUGCAGACGGCUCUGAUGCAUCAGGCCGACGCCAACAAUGUCUCCACCUCAGGAAGCCACGUGUUUCAGCUCAUGUGUGAAAAUGCCCUGGAGUGCACCCCCAAGUGCCUGCUGCUGCUGGAGGGCGGUGCCCACCCCAAUGCUACUAACGAGAAAACUGGUGUGACUGCGUUGAUGGAAGCUGCCAAAGCCGGCUCCCUGCAGCUCGUCAGGUUCAUUCUGAGAAGAGGAGGAAACCCCAACGCCACCGAUAAAAAUCGCCAUACUGCAGUUCAUUAUGCUGCCAAGGGAGGCUUCUUUGAGGUGAUUAAAGUACUGUCUGCAUACAGAGCUGAUAUGGGAGUGGUCAGCCUGGAGGACUGCACUGCUCUGCACUUCGCAGCUGCCACAGGAGACGCCAACUGCUGCAAAUUUCUAGCACAACGAGGUUGUAACCCCAAACUGAAAAACCUGGAGGGUCUUCUUCCACGUCAGAUUGCCAAAGAUGCUGGUGCCAAAGCUGCUGCAAAAGAACUGAGGAAAGCUGAAAAGCAGUUCGGAAAGGGCAACAAAGCCAGCGCAGUUGGCUUGCUGUCGGACCUAUGGGCGCUGAGCCUCCACGACUGGUCCAACGUCUACGAGACAGAGCUGCGGCAGACGUUUGGCUCCCAGGAUAUUUUUCCCUCUGAUAAAUUCAUUUCAGUCUUAGAAGAAGUUCAAGCUCCUGUUGAAAUCUGGCAGCUGAACCAAGUCAUAGCGAUGAAUGACAAAAGCAAACUAGGAUUCAUCAAUAUAAAUGACUUCAUCAAAGGCUCAAAGUACAUCAAGAAGCCUUACCUUUUGUCUAUGUACCUACCCAAGAAGAAAAAGGAGAAAGGCGGGAAAGGAGGUAAGAAGAAAGCUAAGUUUGUCCUUCCAGUCCCCAUUUGCACCCUCACACCGGAGCUGAAACCAAGGCGACCGAAUGGAGGGCCCCCAGAUUACAUGAUUGAAACAUACCGGGAGUGCUCCGACAAGAACAGGUUCGACAUGGACCACCCUCCCAUUCACCCCAUUGUGAACGACUCAGGCUGGUACCUGGAGAGGCCCGAUAAGGUCUUCAUAAAUGUAAAUUAUUGUGUGAAGAGCGGAGACCUGGAGUCCCUGGACCUGGCCCUGGCUCAGGGGGUGUCCGUGGACGUUCAGGACGAGUUCUACAAGACUCCACUGAUGACCGCCUGCCAGAACGGGAGCAUUGAGAUGGUCCAGUAUCUGCUCACUCAAGGGGCUGAUGUGAACGUUUAUGACCAGUUCCUCUGGACGCCUCUGCACCACGCGGCUAAUGCUGGACACGUGGAAAUCAUCAAACUGCUGCUGAACGCUGGAGCCUCUAUUGAGGCCCGGGCUCUAAAUGGAGGAACCCCACUCAUGAGGGCCAUCCAGAGCUCCAGACCCGACUCUGUGGACUAUCUCAUCAAAGCAGGGGCCAGCGUCAUGGCUGAGAACAAGAAAGAGCAAGACUGUCUGGAUAUUGCCAAAGCUUUUGCAGAUAUCAGAGUUGUAGAGCUAGUCAAUACCAAGAUGGAGUCCCUCCCAAAACCAAAAGAUGGCAAAAAGCCCAAAGGAAAAGGGGCCAAACCACCAAAGGCAAAUACUAAAGGAAAGUUGUUUUCUCCUGAAGCUGCUGGGGCCUCCUCUGCUACACCUGAGAACGUCGCUCCAUCCAAAGAGAUAAACAGCACCGUCCACCAGAACACUCUGAUCACCACCGGGAAGGCCAACGCUGUGGACAUCACCUUUGUGCCAAAAUCUGUUUGGGGGAUGCCUCCAAGCACCAGUCAGCUGAUGUCAAAUAUCGAGAUGCAGAGAAAACCCCUGUCAACGGAAAUGGACUUUGAGGACUACUUACCUUUCAUCCAGAGCAUCCAGAGGAGAACUGUGCUGUCAAAAGUCACAAACUAG